AUGGGAAAGCAAUUCACCAAGAUGGGGCAAACUGUGUGGGUGCUCAGAAUUGAUAUUUGGAAAAAUGAGGGUCGUCCAGUAAUGGUGGUUGUGGGAGCACAUUUUCUGCUAAGAUGUCUUGACUUGGAGCAGUUUGUGCUUUAUGUAGUAAAGGAAUUAGAACAUGCUUCAACUUUUUGUGUCCAAACUGCUGCUGAGUUUGAAUCCUUGAUACAGAAGCCUUAUUGUAUUGUUUACUUGCACUCUGAAGCUUCUUUACAAAUGCAACCAGAUCUGGGAUGGAUGAGGAGAUUACAGCAAAUACUUGGUCGGAAACACAAGCGCCAUAAAUGUCCUCCACCUAACUUUGGACUGAAGGCUGCAAUUUUGGCUUUGCAAUUGUUCGUUGAUAAUGUGGUGUGGAAAAAAGUGGUAUAUGUUGAUGGCCUUCUCCAAUUAUUCAGAUAUGUUCCUCGAACUGUUUACUGUGAGGUUUUGCAGUGGCCACUGGCCACAAUUACCAGAGGGGCCUUGUUUUAUGUCGAGGGCGAGUCUCUAAUACCGGUUUUAUACCAUAUAUUGGAACUGACACAUUAA